AUGUCGACCAACGCGUCAACGUCUUCGGUCGCACCGGUCAUGGCAGCGACCGCGCCCGUGGACCGACCGCCGAUAGCACCCGCCAAGGCCGACGACGGCGAUGACUCGGAGUGGGAGUACGAGUACUCGACCACGGAGACCGAGACAUACUACCUGACAGUCGACCUCUCAAUACCCCAGCUCCUGCGUCGAAAGCGCAAUGCGCCGGUCUCUGGGCGAGGGGGGUAUCACUACAAACACUGGGCCGGCCCGCACAGGAAACCCGACGAGCCGAAGCAUCACCGUAUUCUCUCAGACGACGAGAACGACGACGAGCCCGCGGCCGAACCGGAAGAGGACGAGGAGAUGGACCAGGGUCAGAUGGAAACGAGCGGAGACGCCUUCGACGCCGACUUCGAGUCGGACCCGGCGGCCGACAUACAGAUUUUGGACCUACACUCGGACAAGCCCAUGUUCGCGUACAAGGGCAAGGUAUUUGAGGGGCAAUGGUCGCGCAACCUGGGCACUGAGGUCAUCUUCACGGAGCACGACGCCGAAAAUCCGAUCCCCGCGCUGCGACAUCUUCAGGGCGGCGUGGACAUGCUCGCAGCCAGCUGGUCGCGCAUCAACACGACGGAGAAGCGGCUGGAGCCGAGGCACGAGGCGGCGGCCCAGGACGACCCGCUCAAGGAGAUCAGGCGACAGAACGGCAUCCACAUCCCCAUCACGGCGGAUAAGACGGGCGAGCGGAAGCGACAGACUAGGUUCCUCGAGAACCUCAUGGCGCUCAAGGUCAAGAGGGGCGAGAAGGACGAGGUGACGGUGUACGCGCACGCGGCGCCGAAGCAGAUCAACGAGGGCACGAACAGCCGGCGGAAGAGGCGGAAACCGUUGCCGGACGGCAGGCAGAGCAAGCGUCGGGGCCGUGGGGGCGGCGUCCGCGGCGGGCGAGGUGGGUCGUUGGUGGCGGGCGAGGUUGGAUCCGAAAAGGUAGAACCAGACAGAACGGCCGAGGGGGCCGCGGGUGCCCCGGACGGAAGCUUGUCCAUGCCGACGCCGGCGACAUGGGCGGAGCUGGAGGGGCAGGCUGGACAGGCGGGCGCGAACGAUGACGAGGCGAGUGAGGACGACUAUGACGACUACGAGGACGGCGGGGAAAUUGAAUAG